AGAUAUAGAAUUAUAGAUAGAUGUGAGCUGUGGAUUUUAUUUUCAUGUAUAGCCUUGCUUGUUAGAUGGCCCUGGUUGACGACUGAGCAUUUACAAGUUGCUGCUGCUUCACCUCUAGUAACUCAGAGAUCAGAAAAUGUGUCGCUUAUUCUGCCUCCAAUAUAAAAGAUACUUUUCAACCAACAUAUCAUCAACCAAUUCACAGAUAGCGUGCUUUGCCCGUUCUGGUCAAAUUGAUGAUGCUCGUAAAGUGUUUGAUCAACUUUCAAAGAAAAACAUUGCUACAUGGAAUGCUAUGAUCUCAUGUUACUUCCAAAAUCACCAACCAAUUGAAGCUCAAAAGUUGUUUGACCAAAUGCCUAAAAGGAAUAUUGUGUCUUGGAAUGGGUUGAUUUCAGGAUACGUGAAAAAUAGGAUGGUAGAUGAGGCAAGAAAAGUGUUCGGAAGAAUGCCUGAAAGGAAUGUCGUGUCGUGGACAGCUCUUGUUAGAGGGUAUGUUGAGGAAGGGUUGAUAUAUCAGGCUGAAAGCCUUUUCUGGCAAAUGCCAGAAAAGAAUGUGGUGUCCUGGACAGUAAUGAUGGGAGGGUUGAUUCAUGAUGGAAGGAUUGAUGAGGCAAAAAGGCUGUAUGACAUGAUGCCAGUGAAGGAUGUGGUGUCAAUGACUAACAUGAUUGGUGGGUAUUGUCUAGCGGGGAGGGUAGACCAGGCACGUGAGAUCUUUGAUAGCAUGGAAGUAAAGAAUGUAGUUUCAUGGACAUCUAUGGUCACAGGAUAUGCUCAAAAUGACAGAGUAGACAUUGCCAGGAAGCUUUUUGAGGUCAUGCCUGAGAAGAAUGAGGUGUCGUGGACAUCUAUGCUUCUUGGAUACACUCAGAAUGGAAGAAUAGAAGAGGCAUGGAAGUUGUUCAAAGAGAUGCCUUUAAAACCAACAGCUGCUUGUAAUGCAAUAAUACUCGGUGUAGGACAGAAUGGGGAGAUUGAAAAGGCAAGGGUGGUAUUUGAUUCUACAAAGGAGAAGGAUGGCGGAACUUGGAGUGCUAUGAUUAAGGUUUAUGAAAGGAAAGGCUAUGAAUUGAAUGCACUCGGCUUAUUUCGUUUGAUGCAAAGUAAAGGUGUUCGUCCAAAUUUUCCUUCCUUAAUUAGCAUACUCUCUGUCUGUGCAAGUCUUGCAAGUCUUGAUUGUGGUAGAGAGGUACAUGCAUCAUUGAUCAGAUCCAACUUUGAUGAAGAUGUGUUCGUCUCUUCGGUGUUGAUUACAAUGUAUUUUAAAUGUGGCGAUCUUGUCAGGGCAAGAAGAGUCUUUGACAGAUCAUCUUCCAAAGAUACCGUCAUGUGGAAUUCUAUUAUAACAGGUUAUGCUCAAAACGGUUUGGGAGAAGAAUCUGUUAAUUUUUUCAGAGAAAUGUGUUUGCAGGGAUUUGCGCCCGAUGUGGUUACUUUUGUGGGACUUCUGACUGCUUGCAGCUACACUGGAAAGGUGAAAGAAGCAGAAGAUAUAUUUGACUCCAUGAAGUCAGAGUACCAAGUAGAGCCAGAAACUGCACAUUAUGCUUGUAUGGUAGAUGUACUUGGUAGAGCUGGUCGCUUGACUGAGGCGAUGGGUUUGAUAGAAAAAAUGCCUGUGGUAGCCGAUGCAGUUAUAUGGGGUUCUUUGCUUAAUGCUUGUAAAAUGCACAUGAAUCUAGACCUGGCUGAAGUUGCAGCAAAAGAGCUUCUACUACUCGAGCCCCAAAAAUCAGGCUCUUAUGUCCUUCUCUCUAAUAUUUAUGCUACAAAGGGUAUGUGGGCCGAUGUUGCAAAAAUCCGAGAAGACAUGAGGUCCAGGAAGUUGAUUAAGUCACCUGCUUGCAGCUGGCUUGAGGUGGAGAAGAAGGUGCAUAUGUUCACCGGUGGAGAGAGCAAGCCCCACCCCGAACAUCAAAUGAUUACCAAAAUGUUGGAUAAAUUGGGUUCCAUGUUAAGAGAAGCUGGAUAUUGUCCGGAUGGUAGCUUUGUUCUUCAUGAUUUGGAAGAGGAGGAGAGGGCGCAGAGCUUGCGCUAUCACAGUGAGAGGUUGGCUGUGGCGUAUGGACUUCUUAAGCUGCCAGAAGGAGUGGCCAUAAGAGUUAUGAAAAAUCUUCGGGUUUGUGGGGAUUGCCAUUCUGCUAUAAAGCUAAUAGCUAAAGUCACAGGACGGGAGAUCAUUCUUAGAGAUGCCAAUAGAUUUCAUCACUUUAAAGAGGGCUCCUGUUCAUGCAGAGACUAUUGGUGACAUACAAAUGAACAUAAAAUUGCAUAAUGCCAGUGGACUGGAAAAAGGCACGGAUUGUCAAAUCAAUCUCCCAGUUAAACGAAGGGCAAGCCAUUUGUUAAAAUGGCCAAAGUUAACAGCGCGCAAUGAUAGGUACCGAUCCUUCAAAAAGACUGUCUGAUCAAUUUGUUUGUUUAGAUCGUCAUUAGUUCGAAAUCGGUAACUACCAAUAUUUUACUUGCAGAUGGUCCCAAAUGGAAUUGCUGAAAUUAGAUAUUCAGCAAUUGACAAUAUCUCACGUAUUGUGUAUUAUCAACUCCUAUUGUAUAUUCAAUGAAUUGCUGAAAUUGGAUAAACUCUACUAAUAUCUUACCUAGAUUAUACUCCAUAUAUUAUACAAAAUUUUCCAAAUAAAACGAUUGACAACCUCAUUUUCACUAAUAUCAAUUUAUAAAAACUUGCAAUUACAUAAGAGUGAUGUAAAUCUAAACUACAGUCACAUUAAAACUAACAAAACUUCAAGCAAUUCCCUCAAACGAAUUAAGUAUCAAUUUUUUGUCAACAAAAAAUUGUAUGAGUCAAUCAGUAGAAUGGCUGAAGUUUAGCAAUGAUACUAUAAUAUAUUAAUACUCUGUAUGAUUCUGUAAAGUUCUAUUUUAAAUGAAACUGGCGUAAUCUGUUUUUGAAGUCAGGGUUUCUUAUACUCUAGCUAACCUUAUUUUUGUUAGUCUUAGCUACCUCAGGUCUUUCCUAUAUAAUACUACCUCCGUCCCGUUGGAAUGUUCCCGUUCGGUUUACGAUGCUUGACUGACGAUAAAGCAACUCGAUCCCUGUUCACACUCCGCUUAUUUUUAGUAAAUAAAAUUUACAUGUUUAGAAACUACAUUAAAACCGCUAUCAAGCCUGAUCAAGAAAAGUUCAAUUUGAUAAAAAUUUGAUAUAUAAAGUAAAAGAUUAGGAGUGACCUAAGUUGACCAAUGAAUAGUGAAUGAGAACAUUCCAACGGGACGGAGGGAGUACUAUAAGAAAAUUUCAUUCAGCCCUUCAUUUCACUAAGCUAUCAAAGACCUAAUCCCCGCUAAGUUGUUUUUAAAACUUCAUCCCUGCACCUAUGUUUUAAGUUUAGAUGGCAAAAGUUGUAUUUAAAUAGCAGAUGUUGUAUACUAGUAGUAAUCUUUGUUUUCCUUAAUCUGAUAUCUAUAUGGCAUUCCACUUGACAUGUAACGUGGUCACCUUCACAAAUACCCACACAAUAUUUGAAAUCAGAUUUUCUAUAUCGGAAAGACAAUAACUUUGAAGAUCAGGGAUUAGCUAUGGAGAUUGGAGAGAUCCAUUGCUGGGCAGGUUCUUGCUUAUUUGUACGAUAGACGUCAAGAAACUACAUGAAGUCUAGACUUUGCUUAUACUUCUAGAGUUGUAUUCUUAUUUGCUUUUCUCCUCAGCAGCUCAAAACUUUAAAUGAAAGAAAAGAGUAGAAGGAUUGAACGGUGUGCGUUUGCAAUGAGGUUCCUUGGACACGGCUGGCCGGAGUUGAUGAGCUGAUUUUUUCAUUUUUUUUCGACGGGAUUUGAUCCAGGCAUGUUUUUACUACUAACUAAUAAAGUGUUACUGAAGCUGAAGAUGCCUCAAGUCCAAUUGCCAUUUGCAUUAUUUUUACUCUUUGACUUUCUACUAUUCAACUUUGUACCAUAGAUGAUGUAUACCCAAAUUGAUUUGUAAAAUUAACAUUUUUUUGUUAACCAAUGUUGAAGUUAAAUCCUCCCUAUUGAUAAUUAGUUCAACUUUUAGUAAUUAAAAUUUACAUAUUCUGAAAUUACACUAAAAUCUCUAAAUCUUUAUAAAAUUGCACAAUUCAAAUUAGAAUAUAAUUAAAAGUUCAUAUCCUAAUUAAGUGAAUAAAAUGAAACUGUUUGACAAAAGAAGUUGACUUUGCAAAUCAAUUUAGGACAUGGGUAGUAUUAUUUAACUUUUCUAGUAUAGAUCAUGUUUAAUCUUUUACUUCUCAAUUUUUAUCAAUGUAUCAUUUCGAAUGCUAUAUUGCCAUCUACUUGAAGAUUCCUUCUUUUAGGAUUGUAUCAAAUGCAUCUAUGUGCACC